AUGGAAAACAAAUACGUUUCACAAUUGGCCAUUGCUCUCUUACUGGCUCUUGCUCUUAUGAUCGAUCAUUCUUACGCUGGCACCGUUGACUGUCAGCGUGCGGGUCCCGUUAAUAAGUGCGCAGCAGACACCUGUGAAACUGUUGGCUUCGUCCGUAUUGAUCAUAAAUACCCAUCGGACUGUUACGUGUUUGGACAACCGCAUGCAGAUGGACAACAAAACAGUCCAAAAUGGUACAGAAUUACUUUACCGAAUGGUAAAAAAGGAUUUGUCAAUGCCUUCUAUUGCAAUGGAGAAGGUUCUCAUUGUAAAAAAGCUUGA